AUGUCAGAUUCUAACUUCAGUGACAACAGUCUCCCAGACACUCUCUUCCUCACAGGGAUACCAGGGCUGGAGGCUCCCCACUUCUGGAUUGCCAUCCCUUUCUGUGCCAUGUAUUUGGUAGCACUGGCUGGAAAUGCUGCCCUCAUCCUGGUCAUUGUCACACACAAUGCACUUCAUGCACCCAUGUACAUCUUCCUUUGCCUCCUAUCACUCACUGACCUAGCUCUCAGCUCCACCACUGUGCCCAAAAUGCUGGCCAUUUUGUGGCUCCAUGCUGGUGAGAUAUCUUUUGGUGGAUGCCUGGCACAGAUGUUUUGCGUCCAUUCUAUUUAUGCUCUGGAGUCUUCAAUUCUUCUUGCCAUGGCCUUUGACCGAUAUGUGGCUAUUUGCAACCCAUUGAGAUACACAACCAUUCUCAGCCAUACGGUCAUGGGCAGAAUUGGCCUUGUUGGCAUAUGCCGUAGUGUAGCUAUUGUCUCCCCCUUCAUCUUCUUGCUGAGGCGACUGCCCUACUGUGGUCACCAUGUCAUGGCACAUACAUACUGUGAGCAUAUGGGCAUUGCUCGACUGGCCUGUGCCAACAUCACCAUCAAUAUUGUCUAUGGGUUGACUGUGGCUCUGCUGGCCAUGGGUCUGGAUUCCAUCCUCAUUGCUAUCUCCUAUGGCUUUAUCCUCCGUGCUGUCUUUCGUCUUCCAUCCCGUGAUGCCCAGCACAAGGCUCUGAGAACCUGUGGCUCCCACCUCAGUGUCAUCCUGGUUUUCUACAUCCCUGCCUUCUUCUCCUUCCUCACCCACCGCUUUGGUCAGCACCGUGUCCCCAAGCAUGUACACAUCUUUCUGGCUAAUCUCUAUGUUCUGGUGCCUCCUGUGCUCAAUCCCAUUAUCUAUGGAGCUAGAACCAAGGAGAUUCGGAGUCGACUUCUAAGACUGCUUCACUUGAAGAAGGUUUCAGUAUGA